UGUCUCUGGCCUCCAGCACCGUGGGUCUGGCCGGUCAGGUCGUUCACACGGAAACCACGGAGGUCAUGUUGCUAGGCGACGGCAUUAUGGGAUUCGGCCUCCAGCUGCAGGGUGGUGUGUUCGCCACGGAAACGCUCUCCUCGCCGCCGCUCAUCGCCUACAUCGACCCCGACAGCCCCGCGGAGAGGUGUGGGAUCCUGCAGAUCGGAGACAGGAUCUUGUCGAUAAACGGCGUCCCGACGGAGGACUCGACUCUGGAGGAAACCAAUCAGCUGCUCCGAGACUCGUCCAUCACCGCUCAGCUGACUCUGGAGAUCGAGUUCGACGUGGCCG